UGUUUGAUUGCUGGCUCCUGGUGCGGGCUUGAGGAGGUGAGAAGGAUGGAGGGGGGUAUGUUCCUGAGCCUCCCCAUCCCUAUCUGUCACUGUUCCGCUGCCAUUGUUUACUCGCAACUGCGGAUGGAGUUCUUCAAACCCUCGCCUAUCUCCCCUCGCCUCGUUGACUUUGAGGCCUCGUUUUAAUUAGGGAAUAACACGGGGUUCGGUACUGUUUCUCGAUCUCUCUCGGUGAAUAGCGCAUGCAAUCUCGCACGAUGGACUGGAAUGCGAACGCUUCGUUUCUCUGGGAUUGGGAUAAUCACCCGCCGGUCGGAGGGAACUACAAGCUUUCCGCCGCCGGUGCCGUUUCAUCUGGCUCUGAAUUGGGGAUUGGUUCGUCCUCCAAGAGCACCAUCUCUGCUUCUCUCGAUUCGUCGGCCAGAACUGGAAAGGAGCAGGAGUUCGACCCGAGCCCCAACGCACAACACAAGAACAACUCUUUACAGGAGUCUAGUCAUGUUUCAGUCGUGCCGUCAGAGGGUGGAUUGGAGGAGUCCCAAAUAGGGUUAAAGCUUGGCAAAAGGACCUACUUUGAAGAUGUUUCAGCUGAUAAUAAUUCCAAUAACCGGUUGCCGCCGCUUGAUUCUGCAACCGAACCGACUGCUCUCAAGAAGUCAAGAGGGCCAUAUAUGAGUUCACAGAGCGACUAUUUUUGUCAAGUUGAAGGCUGUAAUCUUGAUCUUAGUGCGGCUAAGGAUUAUCACCGGAAGCACAGGGUAUGUGAAACCCACUCUAAGUGUGCUAAGGUUGUCAUCGCUGGUCAGGAGCGCAGGUUUUGUCAGCAAUGUAGCAGGUUUCAUGAAUUGUCCGAGUUUGAUCAGAAAAAGAGAAGCUGCCGCAGACGUCUGUCGGACCAUAAUGCACGACGGCGCAAACCACGACCAAAUCUAAUCCCAUUCAGAUCAAUAAAUUUUUCCUCAUCAUUUUAUGAUGACAAACAACAGAUGAACUUCCUUUGGAAUAAAGCUCCUCUUGGACAGAUGAGAUCCAUGUCAAGCACCAUUAGUGAAGGCUUGCAAAAUUUUAAGCUCACACAAACAAGAGGAACAUGGACAAAAUCAGUAAAAGAAGGCAGCAUUGAUGAGCAGCACUACAUGCCAGACACCGAACUAUCAAAUGGAUAUUUCUCACUUUAUCAUGACGUCGACAGACUCUUGCCACUCAAAGGUAUUGUGGCCGAAGUUCUCAAUCAAGGUUCAGAGGCAUCUGCAGGAGCUUCGAACUUGGAUGGAGCACCGAAUCUUCGGCGUGCUCUCUCUCUUCUGUCAACCAAUUCUUGGGGUUCUCUUGAUCCUGGACAAACUUCUUCCAUUGUCGAGUUUAUGGAUGCUAACUAUGCUGGAACAUCACAGCCCAUAAUGCCUGCAGCGAACACCUCAAAUCACUGGGUCUAUGGACAUUCUGCUGCCCAACAAGCUCAGCAGCUUCCAUUUACCAUGCAAAGAAGUGGUGAAGACAAGCCCCAUGGCUUCACACAACAGAAUGCGCUCUACAGGGACACUAUCUUUGAUCCUAGUCAGAUUCACUGAAUGCGAUUCUCUGGUCCUAUACGUUGCCUCCAUUACCUUUUCAAAUUGCUGCUUUUGGUAUUUUGCCUCAAGCUGUUGCAACAUUGCUGAAAACUUUGAUAGUUCGUCUUAAUGGCUGUUCAUGCACAGUGGGUUCUUGUUAAUGGUGGAUUUAGGUACA